AUGGGCGAAACACUCCCCAACCUGGCCCAUUCGGUUGUAUGUGCCUCUAGCUCAAACGCAGAGUUUUGCCUAUCUCUAAUCAGUCUUUCCUUCUCCCCAGAUUCUUUCCUUUCGCCCAUGGAUACUCCUUAUGAGCCCGCGCCUGCGCCGCCCCCAGGCCCGGCUCUACUUGACGACCAGGAAUCUAACAUGCUGGAUAACUUUUUCACCAAUAUGAAUUCCAAUCAGUUCAGCAAUGAAUUCUGGCUCCAUGGCAACCACAGCAAACCUUUUGGCUCUACCAACUUCGAAUGGUCAACUGAAAUGCCCCCGACGUUCGAAGGCUCCACGACUUCACUCUCCCAACCUUCGGCCCCUCAUCAUAGCCUAGAGAAGCCCGGGUUUGGUGGGAUGCCGAACAGUAUGGGGACGAGCUCUGACAUAUUUGCGGCCGCUUCCAUGCUCUAUCACAAUGGGAUUCACGGGACCGAGUUCAACGCUGGUGUUGGAAACCAUCCUUUCCCCGCUUUUUCGGACGUGGAAUACGGCAAUAUGAGGUCGAACAGUGGCGGGAAAGCCGAACAACACAGUGGCCACAUGCCCUCCAAGCCGGUUCCAUCGCGUCCACGCGUACCAAGUGGUUUUCACACGUCCGAGAUGCUUUUUGAUGUCCGAGAGCCGAUAUCUGUUGAGCAACAAGCCGUUGCGAAAGUACGGCCUCUUCAUUGGGGCUCCGACAUCAGUUUUAUGGACCAAGGAUACGUGGCACCACCCGAUCAACCAAAUGAGGAAGAACAAACAAAGGAGCUACUCGGUCAUCUGGAUUGUUUCGAGCGACAGAGCAGUGCUGCCAACACCAGGGCACCUAGCCCAGAGCGGACCCUGGAUGGCCAAGGUGCUUCCUGGACGGGAUCAAAUGCCGCGGGGCAGCUCAGCGAUCUACGGAGGGAGUAUAGAGAUGAGGAUCCCUCGCAACCGAAAAAGAAACAAAGGACAUUAGUCAAGGAAGAGGAGGACGAUGAGAAUUCGGACAUCGACAGUUCAAAACCAAAGUCAAGGAGAUCAAGGGCUUCAAGCUACAAUAAAUCCAGGAGGAUGUCCAGUGGCGCGAUUCGCAAAUCAAGGCUCCAGGAAAGCGCAAAGGCUGCACGAGAGAAUUUGACGGAAGAGCAGAAAAGAAGCAACCAUAUCCUCUCAGAGCAAAAACGCAGGAAUCUCAUCCGGCAAGGCUUUGACGACCUGUGCACGCUUGUACCUGGAUUAAGAGGCGGCGGGUUCAGCAAAAGUGCAAUGCUUACGCAGGCAGCUGACUGGCUGGAGGAGGUUCUGCGUGGGAAUGAAAUUCUCAAGGCACAGCUAUCCGAGUUAAAGACUAUGAAUGGCUUGGUCAUCCCGAUGUGA